AUGUCCUCGACGGAGAGCCCCAGCCGCACGUCGGACAAGUCUCCGCGCCCGCAGGUGGACCGCCUGCUAGUGGGGCUGCGCUGGCGGCGCCUGGAGGAGCCGCUGGGCUUCAUCAAAGUUCUCCAGUGGCUCUUUGCUAUUUUCGCCUUCGGGUCCUGCGGCUCUUACAGCGGGGAGACGGGGGCCAUGGUUCGCUGCAACAACGAAGCCAAGGAUGUGAGCUCCAUCAUUGUUUUGUUCGGCUAUCCCUUCAGGUUGCACCGGGUCCAGUAUGAGAUGCCCCUCUGUGACGAAGACUCCACCUCCAAAACCAUGCACCUCAUGGGAGACUUCUCUGCCCCCGCCGAGUUCUUUGUGACCCUUGGCAUCUUUUCCUUUUUCUACACAAUGGCUGCCCUGGUCCUCUACCUGCGUUUCCACAACCUCUACACAGAGAACAAACGCUUCCCCCUGGUGGACUUCUGUGUGACUGUCUCCUUCACCUUCUUCUGGCUGGUUGCCGCAGCUGCCUGGGGCAAGGGCUUGACUGAUGUCAAAGGGGCCACGCGGCCAUCCAGCCUGACCGCAGCCAUGUCCGUGUGUCAUGGAGAGGAUGCAGUGUGCAGUGCCGGGGCCACACCCUCGAUGGGGCUAGCUAACAUCUCUGUGCUCUUCGGCUUUAUCAACUUCUUCCUGUGGGCUGGAAACUGUUGGUUUGUGUUCAAAGAGACACCGUGGUACGGACAGGGCCAGGACCAGGGCCAGGGCCCCAGCCAGGAGAGUGCCGCAGAACAGGGGGCAGUGGAGAAGCAGUAA